AUGCCUCUCAAUGCCAAUCUGUUUAUAAAAAAGAGAAGCGGUACGACAGCUCUAAAGCAACCAAAAGAAUUGGGAUAUUACUCUAAGACUGCAGAUAACCAAUUUCUAGUUCAGGAUGAUUCAAAUCUUUGUUACUACUAUUUUCCAGAUUCAUGUUUGGAAAGAAAUAUAGACUUGACGGGGGGUAUCAAGAAGUUCAGAGAUUCUAUGGCGGACAGUAAUGUAGACCAUAGUACACUACAUGGUCUGUUAUCAACAAUCCAAAAAUAUGAGGAACGAAAAGAGAAGAAAAUUAAGGCUGAUAUUAUAACUUUCAGAGGCGUUAUGAGGAAAUUAAUAUCCUGUGCACUUGAGAAUCCAAAAUAUAAUAAGGUAAGCCUAUAUGUUGUAUCUUUUAACGAACAGUUAAUCAUUAAAGAUGCUACAAAAGUUGGACAGCCUAGUACUGGUACAGACUCAAUAGAUUAUCGGAACUAUUAUAGUGGCUACAAGUUUGAGACGUUGACCACGUUGAGCAAAUCUUUCUCUGAGACACCUAGGCAAGUUUUAGAAUCACGGCCUAAGAAGAUAGUCAGUAAUGGUGAACAAUUUGUCACUGUUGUUAGAACAGGCAUCGGCAAAUGCAAGCUUAUUUUGGGUGCGGAAGUUGACUGUGUAUUUGAUUUUAAGGAGGUGGGUAGCGACAAUUUGAAACAUUAUGCAGAGUUGAAAUGCAGUAAGGCGGUAAACACUGUUGCUGAUGCCCGUACAUUUGAACUAAAACUAUUCAAGACUUGGGUACAAUGCUUUCUUGUUGGAAUCAAUAGAAUAAUAUAUGGAUUUAGGGAUGAAAAUUGCAUCUUGAAGAGCGUAGAAGAAUUCAGCACACAAGAAAUCCCUGUUCUUUUGAAAAAUAAUCCUCGGCUAACAAAUGCCUGUCUCGAUGCUAUUAAAUGGUAUGGAGCCUUCACUGAAUGGCUACUAGACACUAUACCCAGAGAAAGUAACACUAAAAUAACGGCAUAUACUCUGGAGUUUGAGCACAACCAUUUGAAAUUAUCAGAGAUUGAACCCUCGCAUCCCGAAUACGAUGGCAUUGUAAAUGGAGAAGUAGUACUAUCUGAAACCUUCAAACAAUGGCGUACCAAUUUGCAAACGAAGGACAGUAAUAGUUGA